GAGAAAUCUUUUACUGCACUGAAAUCCUUCGAAGCGGCGGAAUCCACCAUUGUUAUUUCCAUUGUUUGAACACUUAAAACGCAUUACGUUGACGUAUCAGAAAGUUUUCCAAUGGAUUUCACAAUCCUAACGUCCAUUUUAUCUGGUGGUUUGGGUGUUUUUGCGGGUUGGUUUAUUUUUCGAAGAUUUGGAAGAACGGCUAGUGUCGGAUCACAGGUGACUAAUUUCAAGAACGUUCCUGGUAAGAUGAAAAUGGUUUUGAUAGUUCGCUCUGAUCUCAAAAUGGGGUGCGGAAAAAUUGCAGCUCAGUGUUCACACGCCACGCUUGCCUGUUAUGAAGAGAUUAUUAGUCAGAAUCCUGGCAUUUUAAAAUCAUGGGAAAGUCAGGGACAGCCAAAAAUUGUUCUCAGGGUAAACAGUUAUGACGAUAUGCUCAAGUUAUCCGACAAAGCUGAAUCAUUAGGUCUUGUAAAUUCAAUUAUACAUGACGCAGGACACACUCAGGUUGCAGAGGGUACUGCAACAGUCCUUGGUAUAGGACCAGGUUUGGCUUCUGAAAUUGAUCGUGUUUCCGGUGAUCUAAAGUUGCUUCCUUGAUUUACACACAUGCAUUUUAUGUACAGUACUGAAUUGUAUUACUGUAUCAUUACUAUUUUGCUAAAAUAAAUAUUUUUGAUAUUUUUCACGUUUUAAUCUGAUUAGUGAUUUCCAGAAACAUUAUCAGCUGACUUUAUUGGUUUAUUCAGAAAAUUUGAAAUGAUGAGCACAUGGUGUUUCCGAAUUGCACAUAAAAUUAUACUGAUUAAGGACUUCACAAUAACAGCAACUUUUGUAGUA